CGUCUGCUUCAUUCGUUGCUAGAAUUUCGAUUCAAAUUAUUUGUGUUCGCGGAAAAAUCGUCGGAUUUUUCACAACAGGAAAAUCUUGGGGAGUAGUGUGUGAUUGUGUGAAAAAGAAAGGUGUGAGAAAAUUCUAACAUAAUGCUUUGUAUGCUUAGUUUAAUAUGCAAUUUGUUAAUGUGAAAUAUAGUGGAAAAAGAAUGCCAUAAGUGAUCAUAAAAAAAUUGAAUUGUGUUCUAAAAUAAGAAGUAUACAUAAAUAAGAUAAAAGUGAAAUAAAAAAGCAUUAAUACGUUUUUUUAACCACGCCUACUAAACCAGGAUGGCUGCAACAGCGGCUGUCUAUAAUCGCCUUCACAGCACCAGCGGAAGCAUUGGUGGACUAAGUGCCAGUAUGGGCAGUAUGGCACAUUCGCAGCUUGCGCGUUCACUGGAACGCAUCCUGGAGGAGGCACACCUAAGCGGCGAGCUAAUACUAACGAAUCGCAAGCUAAAAGACUUUCCGAAAACUGGCACCAAAUACAAUCUCACCGAUACAGUGAUGGCAGAUUUAUCGCGUAAUCGCUUUUGUGAGCUACCCGAGGAGAUCACCACAUUCUCAUUUCUGGAGACGCUGCAGCUCUAUCACAACACCAUACGCAGCAUUCCCGAAUCGGUGAAGCAUCUGACAUCGUUGACGUAUUUGGAUUUGCGCAGCAAUCAGCUGGCCGCGCUGCCGCGUGAGAUCUGCUUUCUGCCGUUGCAAGUGCUGCUCGUGUCCAACAAUCGUUUGGCUACGUUGCCCGAUGAGUUGGGCCGCAUGGAGCGUCUGACCGAUUUGGAUGCCUCGUACAAUCAAUUGUCGACGCUGCCGGCGCGCAUUGGCGAGCUACGUUCGUUGCGUUCGCUAUCGUUGCGCAGCAAUCAGUUGAUGUAUUUACCGCGUGAAUUGACAUGUCUAACGCUGGAAUCGUUGGAUGUUAGCAAUAAUCGCAUCGCUAGUCUACCUCUGGAGAUACGCCAAAUGACUGCGUUGGUCGAAUUGAAUUUGGAAAAUAAUCCGCUUACGUCUCCACCUGCUAGUCUCUGCAUACGCGGUCUCGUACAUGUCUUUAAAUUUCUCGAAACUCAAGCGGCCAAAGAUGAGAAGGGCUCUCGUGCCGGUGGCAAUUAUGAUGGCUACACCACAUUGCGACGAGCGCCACGCCAUGCGGCCAACGGCAGUGUGCUCGAAUCGAAUCGUGUGCCGCGCUAUCAUCAUGGCGCUGAGUCCGGCUACAGCACCUGCGAUGGCAUUGACAAGCGUUGGUCACACGAUAUGCCAAACGUUAAAACCAAAUUGGAUUCACCGGCACGUAGAACGCCAACCACACCGCCUCCCUCAUUGAGUUCGGAAUUAAUGGAUGCCUCGCUGACAUCUAGCUCAAGCACAAUCGUUGACGAGUCAAUAUCGUUGAGUGGCACGAGUCCGGGUGGCGGCAUAGUCGUUCCAAUGGCGGUGACUGCCGCCGUUGUUAAGCCGCUAAGUGCAACGGAUUCGCCAACGAAACGCAAAGUGGAUAUGCAAGUGGCGGCGUCUGCGCAAUCAGCGCCUGUCACACCGCAGCAUCAGAAUCAUACGCUGCAACAACAGCAGCAACAACAACAGCACCAGCAUUUAAACUAUGCGCAUUCGAACUCGAGUAAUGGGAGUAAUAACGGGAGUAAUGGCUCAUCGCCCGACCAAGACGAUGCCAUGAUGGAGCAUUAUCAACAGAUUGCUGGCGCACAAAAUGGCAAAAACGACGAGAAGUCCAACAAAAAUUUGGGAAACAUACAAACCUAUCGUGAAUACAAGGAGGCACUCAAGCAGCAACGAAAUUUAGAAGUCUCCAGUGUUUACAAAAUCAAAAAUAACCAAAAAAUGCUGUACGACAUGAGCGAGGCUUCGAAUGCCUUGAAUUCGAUAGUGGGCAAUAUGUCACACCAUGAGGAACUCAACGGUGGUGGUAGCGAUAAUGGCUGCAACGAAAUGAUACGAAUUGUGAACGGUGCCAAUAAUAUGCCACAACCGAAAUCGAUAAUGAAGAAUGGCGGUGGAGGUAUGGGUGUUGGAAUUGGUGUAGGUGUUGUUGGCAGCAAUGGUGGACUAAAUAUGCUAAAUGGCAUGAUGAAUGGUGUUAAUGGUGGUGGUGGUGUUGUUGUUGGUGACGCUGGCAGCGAUUACUGUGUUGUAAUACCAAAGAAACCGGUACAAAAGGUGACGCCGUCACGGAAUACCGAAUUAAUGUCGUCGCUGGCGACGUCAAAGCAAAUACAACCAGUCACAGCUAAUGCAACAGUAACAACAGCAACAGCAGAGGAGUUGGAAAAAAUGCUGUUAUUACAACAGCAGCAACAACAACUGUCACAACAGCAGCAACAAGUUCUGAACGGUGAUUGCAUGGGUUAUGUGAAACCCAAUAGUCCAAUGAAAACGCUUAAUGGUGUCGGCACCGGUGGUGGCAUGGUCGGUGUUGGCAUACUUGCGAAUAAUAAUAAAAUUCCUUCAAUCGGUGGUCUCAAAUCGCCUGUGAGUGGCACAAAUAAGUUGGGCACGGCGAAAACGCAUCGCACUGUCACCUGGAAUCAUGACAUACCUGCGGAGAAACUUAGCUUUACCAUGCGUCGCGAAUUCGAUCGACAGCGUGAGGAAACUGAACUAAUGACUCAACUACGGAGUAUCAUUGAAACACGUCUCAAAAUGACGCUACCCGAAGAUAUAGCAUCCGCCUUAACUGAUGGCGUUAUUCUAUGUCAUUUAGCAAAUUAUGUGCGUCCACGCUCGGUUGCCAGCAUACAUGUGCCAUCGCCUGGUGUCUCAAAAUUGACAAUGGCGCGCUGUCGCAGAAAUGUCGAUAAUUUUCUGGAAGCUUGUCGCAGAAUCGGCGUAGAUGAGGAGUUGAUUUGCUCCUGUGCAGACAUUGUGCCCCCCUCCGACGACGGAUCCAACAACAGCAACAGCAAUAACAACAAAAAUUCCAUAAAUAACAAUGAACCCCAACAAAUCCAAAAUAUGCCAAAUAUAAAUGAACAAAAUGACAACUCACAAACGCUACCGAAUCCAUCGGCUGUUUUGAAAACGGUUUCGGCGUUAAUCGCCUUGGAUUACAAUCCACAUCAUCAAAAUAUACGCAAUUUGCAACAACAAUACGAGCUGAAGUUGAAAUUACAAAGGCAGCAGGAAAAAUUGAAGCAACAGCAACAACAAGAAGAGGAUGAAGUGCAAGAAGCAAAUAGCGCAAAAUGCCAAGAACAACAACAUAAGCAGGCGCAAACAACAACUUUCGAUUUUCAACGUCGCUGCGUGUUGACACAGGAUGGGCGCGGUGGCGAUGGCGCCUUUGAGCACGAAUAUGAGCACCAACUCACUGCAACCUGCACCAAAGAACAGAUGAUGCAGCCCACCUUGCAUACGCUUGCAAGCCUAGACAAUUCCACAUUUAAUUUGAGUGCCAAGUGUCAUUUCGAUGUGACCGUGCUCACGAACGGACACGGUGUUGGUGGAAGUGGUGUUCGCGGCGGUAGUGUUGGUGUUGGUGUUGAUGAAACAGUGAAUACGAAAGAUUUUGAUAGUGACGAUAUUGAUGAAGGCGUCGGUGCCGAAGAGGAGGAGCGUGAUGAAUUUGAUGCUUCGGCCAACGGUGAACAUUACGGUGGACAAAGUCACAGCAAACAAAAGUCGCAGCAGCAGCGCAGCAAUAAUCAUAAUGUUGUCGAUUUUUUUCGUCAUGCCAAGUUGAAAACAUUUCAGAAGAUUAAAUUCAACUUACUCUCCUCGUCCGGCGCUACAUCUUGCAUCAACUAUGGACACGUGAACAACAGUCAGUGCAUGUUGCAAACCAUUGUGGAAACGGAAAGUGAAGUAAUUGGUGGCGGCAGUGGUGGCGGGGGUACUACGGAUAGCGACAGUAAAGUCAACAACAACAACAGUGGCGGUGGAGGGGGUGGCGCUUACCAGCUGAUCAACGAGAAGCCAACAUUCAACGAGGAGCUGAAACUGAAGGUGGAAAGCCGUGCCAUAGACGGAGCGGGCAACAAAUACAAACUGUAUGAUUUAGCAACGCUGCAAAAGAAAACACCUACUGUGGAGGUAGAAGAAGCGCUACCGAUUGUCUCGAAACGUAUCGAAUUCUUCGAACACUCAUCUGCUGGCAAAGCAAACUCAAGCACAACCUCAUUAAAUCAUAGUCUAAAUGGCAGCCUUAACAGCAGCAACAAAUCAAAAUCCUCAAACACAACAACAGCUACAACAACUGCAGCAGCAGCAUCGUCCGCAGCAACAAAAUCCAGCAACAACAGCAUUUUCAGCAUCUAUCGCGUGGUCGAUGUGAACGAUGGCAAAUCGGUCAACAGCGCCAAACUCUUGAAUAACAGUAAUGUAGCUGGCGGUCUUGCAACAGCCGAGGAGGCAGGCACUUCUUACCUGUUGAAGCAUGAUUCGCAUGUGCUUACAAUUAUACUAUCGUGUGUCUUCAUUGUAACAUUUUUGCUGUUGAAUCUCAUCUGCUGCGCUGCCGAUGUGCUAGAAGGCAAGGGAGCGGUGCAAGUAGCCAUAACAGUUGGUGAACUCUUCCGUCUGCACGCUAACGGUGCCACAGGCAACGGCACAGGAGGCGGUAGCGUGUCGUCGAAGUCACCGACGCGGGCCACGCGCGCCACAUUAUCACCAUCGCCGGUGGUCUAAACGAAAUGCAAAAGAAAAAGUGUAGUAAAAUGAAAGAAAAAAAGCUUUUAACGAAAAAAUAACGCGAAAUGAGAGUGAAAAUUUGCAAAAAGUGUUUGCUUGUGCAGAAACAGGUGAAGUUACAAAUGCAUGCGGUAGCUUUACUCCUCAAGCCAACAACGCACGCACAUUUCCGCAAUUAAACCAAAUUUUUAUUGAAAGUGAAAAUUUGAAAUAACGAAAUUUUUGCAAAAUUACAAAAUCGACGACGUUGCUAAAGGGGUUCCUCGACAAACGAGAGUUGUGAAAGUGGAUUUUUUAUGUCAAGAAAUUCAUUUAAAACGCUGUGUGGCGAGCAAGUAGGAUAGAGUUAUUUUUAUAGUUACCAAAAAGUUUAACCUACAGGUGUUUAAGUAAG